ACAUGGAAUCAAGUGAUUAUGGAAAGUAAAAAAAGAAAAAAAAGAGUUCAUUAAAGUGGACACGGAGAGAGAGGAAGGAUUAGAGGGAGCGUGAAAGUUGUGGAUGAGUGAGAGUGAGCUGGCCACUGGGUGUCGGCAAUCGUAAAAAACUUAAUUUAAUUUUAGAAAAACAAAAAUAAAAAAGGAAUUAGUAGAGUGGUGAGAGACAGAAGCAGCGUUGCAUUGCAUUAACAAAUCAAAAUGAGUAUGUACGGAAGGGAUCCGUGGGGAGGUCCGUUGGAGAUCCACGCCACGGACUCCGCCACCGACGACGAGCGCAGCCGGAACCUGCAGGAGCUGGACCGCGCCGCCCUCGACGAGACUCAACAGAGCUGGCUCCUCGGUGCCGGAGAACAGAAAAAGAAGAAGAAAAAGUACGUGGAUCUCGGCUGCAUCAUCGUCAGCCGCAAAGUCUUCCUCUGGACCCUCGGCACCCUCGCCGUCUCCGCCUUCCUCGCCGGCUUCAUCACUCUCAUCGUCAAAACCGUCCCCCGCCACCACCACAAGCCCGCUCCCCCCGACAACUACACUCUCGCCCUCCACAAAGCCCUCCUCUUCUUCAACGCCCAGAAAUCCGGGAAGCUUCCGCGGCAUAACAACGUGUCCUGGAGAGGGAACUCGUGUAUGCAGGACGGAAAAUCCGCCGGCACUUCCAGCGUCAUCAAGGAUCUCGUCGGCGGCUAUUACGACGCCGGCGACGCCAUCAAGUUCAACUUCCCAAUGUCCUUCUCCAUCACCAUGCUCAGCUGGAGCGUCAUCGAGUACAGCGCCAAGUACGAGGCUGCCGGUGAGCUUGCCCACGUCAAGGAGAUCAUCAAGUGGGGAACCGAUUACUUUCUCAAAUCCUUCAACCACACCGCCGACACCAUCUCCACGCUCGCCGCGCAGGUUGGCUCCGGCGACACCUCCGGCGGGAGCACCACCCCCAACGACCACUACUGCUGGAUGCGCCCCGAGGACAUCGACUACGAUCGCCCCGUCACCGAGUGCCAUAGCUGCUCCGAUCUCGCCGCGGAGAUGGCGGCGGCGCUGGCGGCCGCCUCGAUCGUGUUCAAGGACAACCGGGCCUACUCGCAGAAGCUGGUUCACGGGGCCACCACGCUGUACAAAUUUUCGAGGGAUCAGAGGGGUAGGUACAGUGCGGGAGGCUCUGAGGCUUCUAUAUUCUACAAUUCCACAAGCUAUUGGGAUGAGUUCGUUUGGGGAGGGGCAUGGAUGUACUUUGCCACUGGGAAUUCCUCUUACCUUAAGCUGGCUACCACUCCUGGCCUCGCCAAACAUGCUGGAGCUUUCUGGGGUGGACCUGAUUACGGUGUCCUCAGCUGGGAUAACAAGCUUACGGGUGCUCAGGUUCUUCUGAGUCGUUUGAGGUUGUUCCUUAGUCCUGGCUAUCCAUAUGAAGAAAUUUUGAGGACAUUUCACAAUCAGACUGGCAUAAUCAUGUGCUCCUACCUGCCAAUGUUCACCAGCUUUAACAGAACAAGAGGCGGCUUGAUUCAAUUAAACCAUGGUAGGCCUCAGCCCCUCCAAUAUGUUGUCAAUGCUGCCUUUUUGGCUACCCUUUACAGUGAUUAUCUCGAGGCGGCUGAUACACCUGGAUGGUAUUGUGGACCCAAUUUCUUUUCAACUGCAGUUCUUCGAGACUUUGCCAAGACCCAGAUUGAUUACAUCCUUGGGAAGAACCCUCGGAAAAUGAGCUAUGUUGUAGGUUUUGGGAAUCAUUAUCCAAAGCAUGUUCACCACAGAGGUGCAUCUAUACCAAAGAACAAGAUUAAGUACAACUGUAAAGGAGGAUGGAAAUGGAGGGACACACAUAAGCCAAACCCACAUACAAUUGUUGGAGCUAUGGUUGCAGGUCCUGACAAGCACGAUGGUUUCCAUGAUGUCCGAACCAAUUACAACUACACAGAGCCAACUCUUGCAGGAAAUGCAGGUUUAGUAGCUGCACUUGUGGCAUUGUCAGGUGAGAAAAGCACAGGAAUAGACAAAAACACCCUUUUCUCUGCUGUUCCUCCAAUGUUUCCGACACCACCACCACCUCCGGCACCAUGGAAACCAUGAGGUGUUAUGCCAUUCGUUUUCCUCUUUCCACCAAAUACCACAAACGACUUCAGCGUAUUGAUGAUUUUGAAGAUUCGAAGCAAAGGGGCGUGCGUGCAUGGACAAAUGGAAGUAGUGGAACUAGGCCUAGUGAAUCUAGUUUGUCUAGGAACAAUCUUCGAUACAAGACUAGCAUUAAAAUUGAUAAUGGUACUUGAGACUGUCUUUUCUUUUUGUGAUAUACAUAGUAUGUAUGUAUGUAUCAGAUCCUGAAUUCUUUAAACGUGCAAAACGAGCAGUAUGUAAGUGACACGUUCAUCUAAUGUCUUACAGUUAGUCAAUUUUUUUCUUUACAAGUUUGGAGACUUGGAUUUUAUUCAUGCAUUAGUAUGGCCAACAGCUAGAAACUAUCCUUCUAAACAUCAUUAGUGCCAUGAACAUUAUAAAAAGGGAUACAGGGGUUUCUUUUUGGUUUUGUAAAUCGUAUAAAAUGCAGUACCACAUGAAGCUGAUUUAGA